AUGACAACAGCGUCUUGUGUCCUUUAGACUCAGACUAUGGAACAGGACAACCUUUAUGACCUCUCUCAAAUAACUAACAGCCUUUUUAUCAGCAACACUGUGGUCGCUAACGACAAACUCGCCCUGACCAACAACCACAUCACCACGAUUAUCAGUGCCUCGGUAGAAGCAAUGAACACGUUCUUUGAAGACAUUCAGUACGUGCAAGUGCCGGUGAGUGGUGCUCCCAACGCCUACCUCUAUGACUUUUUCGACCCUAUAGCUGAUCAUAUCAACGCCGUGGAAAUGAGGAAUGGACGCGUGCUGCUGCACUGCACCACAGGAGUGAGCGGCUCGGCAGCCUUCUGCCUUGCCUAUCUCAUGAAAUACCACAACAUGACGCUGCUGGAUGCACACACAUGGACCAAGUCCUGCCGACCCAUCAUCCGUCCCAACAAUUGCUUUUGGGAGCAACUUAUUCAUUACGAGUUCAAGCUAUUUAGUAAGAAUACUGUGCGCAUGAUCAACUCUCCUAUGGGUCUGAUCCCUAACAUCUAUGAAAAGGAGGCCCAUGUAAUGGAGCCAAUAUGA